AUGCACCAGCCACCGUCGCAGGCACUGUCCUCGCGGUUACUGUUGAUACCAAAGAGCUAUACCGUUCGCAGCAGGCGUCUACAUCCUGCAGCUGUCAACCACUCCAUAGCAGUAGACCAUCUGACUUUACGGAGCUCCGCAAAUCGAACUUUGACAAGGAGAUAUCUAGGAGUCAUCACAGGAGUCUACCAGAAAAGGCAAAUCAGAAGGGAGUCGACCAUAGACAAAGCCAUUGGCGCGGAGAAACAGAAGCAGAAUAAGGCACCAUGGCAUCGAGAAGGCUCAGAUAUGCCUCCAGUCGCGCGUCAGCGCUCCGCUGGGGCCAUGAUCAAAGGAAAGCUAUUGACAACCCCGUCUCGCCUCCUCAAGCUCAUCAUACCUCUCACCACUCUUGACAAGAACUCUGACCGGAAAGACGUAGAGCCACUAGCACUUCUGGUCCAUCCUCAACAGCCUUUGUCGUAUCUGGAGCGCCUCAUACAAUCGGAGCUACCUUCAAUCAAGAACGGAAAAGGAGAAGAAAAAGUCCCGGCGGUCCAUUUCAGAGCGGAGGACUCUCAACAAGAUGCAAUUCAGCCUACAGAGAAAAAGGCAGAUGAAAGUCCAGAGGACUUGUACGAGGACGCAGAAGGCGAGAUGGAGGAGACCCAAUUCGAAGGUCGGACUGAAAAGACUGGAAAGCUGGGCAAGAAGUCUACGACAAACGCUGCACAGCUAGGCGAGGGAGGAGUGGAAAGUUACAGUGGUCUAGGCCAUGAAGGGCCUUCCGCCAAAGAUGAACCAAGGAGAUUUGUUCGUUGGUCGUCCUCAACAGAGGUCGGUGACUUCAUACGUGAUGCCGCUCGCGGGAAGGAAUUCGCCGUGGAGAUUGAAGGAGCUCCUGAGGAGAUCAAGGUCGGAGUGCCUUCUUUCAAUGAUCGAACGCACUACUUGCGAUUCAGGCUACGGAAAACUGCUAGCAAAAUCAUAGAUCUGGCCGCAGUCAAGAAAGAAUGUGAUCUACAAGCACACAAAGGCGCCCAACGGGUGGCAAUGGGAGGUGCAGCAGUCCUCGUCGGUUAUUGGUACGUCGUCUAUCAACUAACGUUUAAUACAUCCUGGGGCUGGGAUACUAUUGAACCUAUGACGUACCUUGUCGGCCUAUCCACCCUCAUCUGCGGUUAUCUUUGGUUCCUUUACCACAACCGAGAGGUAUCCUACCGCUCAGCCCUCAACCUUACCAUUAGCCGCCGGCAGACGAAGCUGUAUCAGCAGAAAGGCUUCGAUAUCCAAAGGUGGGAUACACUGAUCGAAGAGGCGAAUGGAUACCGGAAAGAGAUAAAGCAGAUAGCAAGUGAGUACGACGUUGAUUGGGAUGAAACUCAAGAUGAGAAGGAUGAGAGGGUUACAGAGGCUAUGAGGAAGGUUCGAAGCGACCAGAACUCGGACCGGAAAGAGAAGAACGUGAAAGAGGACGAGGAUGACUAG